UUCGUUCGCAUGCGGCGUAGUCAGUGUUGGAUAAAACAGAAGGCACGAAAUAACUUGAUGGAAUAACUGUCGUUGGAUGUUGGUUUAGGAAAACCUUUCUGCACAUUUAAUUUUUGCUCCGUCAUUCUGAUUGCAAUAGAGGGAGAACACAUUAGUUUUGUUCGACGGAUGCGAAUAACAGAACAAUGAAACGGCAAGUACUGUUGUUUUUCUCGGUCUUCUUCCCACGUUAUGUGCUCGGUCAGGUCAGCUAUUCUAUUCCCGAAGAAAUGGCCAAAGGGUCUUUAGUUGGUAACAUAGCUCAGGAUUUAGGUUUGGAUGUUAAACGAUUACAAGCUGGCAAAGCUCGCAUCCACACGGGAGAUAAUGUAGAGUAUAUUCAGCUUAACAAGGACAAGGGACUCCUCGUUAUCAAAGAAAAAAUAGACAGAGAAGCUCUCUGUGGCCAGACAACGCCUUGUGCUUUACAUUUUCAGAUUGCUUUGGAAAAUCCAAUAGAAAUAUUUCCCGUUACUGUGGUAAUCACAGACAUUAAUGACAACGCUCCGGUAUUUGAAAGGGAAGAGAGGCGGUUUGAAAUCAGCGAGUCUGCAGUCGUCGGCUCUAAAUUCAUGCUGGAAAAAGCAAUAGACACAGAUAUAGGACUAAAUGGUCUUCAGAGCUAUACACUGAAGCCCAAUGACAAUUUUAUACUUAAAACGAACAGUCAGUCUGAUGGUGGUAAAAAGGUCGAGAUGAUUUUACAGAAACCUCUGGACAGAGAAAAGGAAGAGUAUGCAUCAUUGUUGUUAACAGCUAUAGAUGGAGGAGAGCCUCCAAGGUCUGGGACUAUGCAAAUUCAUAUUACAGUAUUAGACGCUAACGAUAACGCUCCCGUUUUUACACAAACUGUUUACAAAGCAGAAAUCAAGGAGAACUCAGUCAAGGGGACACUCAUUACUAAAGUGAGAGCCUCCGAUUCAGACAAAGGCUCUAAUGGGGAGGUUAGCUACGUAAUUGGAAAUAGCAUGAGGGGCCUAAACAAUUUAUUCCAAAUUACUGAAGACGGACAUCUUAUACUAAAUGCCCCUGUUGAUUACGAAAAAGCCCAAAAAUAUGAGAUUUACGUAGAGGCAGUAGACCGAGGAGGUCUGUCUGAUUCGAGCAAAGUCAUUAUUGACGUAGGUGACAUUAAUGACAAUAGUCCGGUUAUAAAAAUUAUCUCAUCAUCAAAUUCAAUAGUAGAAGAUUCACCUUCCAGCACAGUGGUAGCUGUAAUGAGUGUAAAUGAUCCCGAUUCAGGUGUAAAUGGUCAAGUCCGGUGUACAAUUAAUAAAAACACACCACUCUCUAUUACUUCUACAUCAAGUAAUUUUUAUAGCAUAAUAACUGACGGUGAUUUAGACAGAGAGAGAGCUUCUGAGUAUAAUAUAACUGUGACCUGCUCUGAUGAGGGAGUGCCCUCCCUCUCCAGCAGCGUCACUCUCACCUUACAGAUCUCAGAUGUGAAUGACAACGCGCCUGUCUUUGAGAGGACCUCAUAUGAGGCCUACAUUGUAGAAAACAACACACCAGGUCUCUCUAUAUUCACAGUGAAAGCCACAGACACUGACUGGAACCAGAAUGCCCGAGUUUCUUACAUUCUGGAGGACUCCUCCAUUAACGGAGUGCCAGUCUCCUCAUAUGUGUCUGUUAGUGCUGAUAGUGGAAUCAUCCAUGCAGUGCGCUCUUUUGACUAUGAGCAGAUCAAAGAUUUCCAGUUCCGCGUCAAAGCGCAGGAUGGAGGCUCUUCUCCACUCAGCAGCAAUGUGACUGUGAAAAUAAUGGUCCAGGAUCAGAACGACAACCCCCCUCAGGUUCUGUAUCCAGUCCAGACUGGUGGCUCUCUGGUGGCUGAAAUGGUGCCUCGUUCAGCAGAUGUGGGCUAUCUGGUGACUAAAGUGGUGGCUGUUGAUGUGGACUCUGGACAGAACGCCUGGCUCUCCUAUAAACUGCAGAAAGCUACAGACAGGGCGCUGUUUGAAGUGGGCUUACAGAAUGGAGAAAUACGAACUAUCCGCCAAGUCAAUGAUAAAGAUGCUGUCAAACAAAGACUGACUGUUAUAGUGGAGGACAACGGGCAGCCCUCUCGUUCAGCUACAGUCAUUGUUAACGUGGCGGUGGCGGACAGUUUCCCUGAAGUGCUGUCGGAGUUCACUGACUAUACGCAGGAUAAGGAGUACAAUGACAACCUGACUUUUUACUUAGUUUUGGCUCUGGCUGUAGUUUCCUUCCUUUUCAUCACGUGUUUAGUGGUUAUUAUAUCAGUCAAAAUUUACAGGUGGAGACAGUCUCGCAUCCUGUAUCACUCCAACCUCCCUGUCAUUCCAUAUUAUCCACCACGUUACUCAGACACUCUGGGGACAGGGACUCUCCCCCAUGUGUACAAUUACGAGGUGUGCAGGACGACUGACUCCAGAAAGAGUGACUGUAAAUUCGGCAGAGGUGGUAGUCAGAACGUGCUGAUAAUGGACCCCAGUUCUACAGGGACGAUGCAGCGGAUACAGAGUGAAAAGAGCAUCCUGGAUGAACCAGACUCUCCUCUAGAGGUUAGAAUUAUUAUCACAACACGCACGACCCAUUAUGAAUUGUAA